GAUAGUGGGAGCUGAAAAUGAAUCUGGGUUAUGGGCAUUCCCCUGCCCACCUCAGCCCAAACAGUUGGGUGAAAUUUCACAGAAGCCAUUUCAGGUCGGAUGUUCACCACAUCAUUGCCGCAGUUGAACCUGCCCAAGGCCCCUCAGUCAGAGGAAGCUCAGGGCCUCCAGAAUCUCCCUUUGACAGUUCCGAGAAGACAGAAAACGCCAUUGUUCUCUGGAACCCCACCUCUUGGGCACCUUUGCCUUGGGCAGUUCCCCCAUCACAUGGAUGCCCAAGCUAUAAAGAAAAGCUUUUCUAGGCUUGGUUAGGAUUCCAGAUCCCGGCUGCACCAUGAAGACGCUCAUCUCUUUCCUACUCCUCUUCUUCACCGUUGAAGCUCAGCAUGGACCACUUUGGACUUACUCAGAGGGAACCCUGGAUGAAACUCACUGGGAAUCCAUUUACCCCAACUGUGGAGGGCAGAAUCAAUCUCCCAUUGACAUCCAGAGAAGGAAGGUGCAUUACAACCCCAAGCUGAAGCAUUUGAAGCUGUCCGGCUAUCAGGGGCCUCUGAAGGGAAGCUUCCUCAUGACCAACAAUGGUCACACAGUCCAAAUCAACCUGCCACCCACCAUGCAGAUCACCAAUGGGCUGCCCGGGACCUACACUGCAGUGCAGCUGCACUUUCACUGGGGCGGACAGAGCUCAGAAACCAGUGGCUCCGAGCACACGAUGGACGGGAUGAGACACAUUGCCGAGUUGCACAUUGUCCAUUAUAACUCUGAUCAAUAUGCCAGCUAUGAAGACGCCUUACAUCAGCCCAAUGGCCUGGCAGUGUUGGCAGCCCUGUUUGUGGCUGGGAAUGCAGAGAAUACUUACUACAGCCAAUUCCUGAAGCACCUGGCCAAUAUCAAAUAUGCAGGACAAACUGCUAACCUGACUUCCAUUGAUGUCCUGAGUAUGUUGCCCGAAAAUAUUGAUGACUUCUACAGGUACCACGGCUCUCUGACUACACCCCCAUGCUCCGAAAGUGUCAUCUGGACCAUUUUUGAUGCUCCCAUCACAGUGUCUCUCGCUCAGAUUAUGAAGUUGGAAAACUCUCUGCUCGACCAUGAUAACCACACGAUUCACAAUGAUUACCGUGAGACCCAGCCCCUCAACAGCCGUGUGGUGGAAUCUAGCUUCCAAGUCCAAACCAUUCUUGGCCAAAAAUCUUGCCAUGAGGACAUCAGGAACACGCUGAGGGACAUCAAAAAUGAACUCAAAGAACUAAAAGCACUGUUCAAUUUCGAAGGUACCUGGCAUGCUGGCAGACCCUGGAGCAAGCCAGGCUUUUCUCCGGCUUUCCCUGCCUUCCACUUUCCCCGGGAGAACGUGGCCAGCUUCGUGCAAGUCUGGCCCCUGCGGCCCAUGAAGCUCCACUCUUUCUCGUUAUGCUUCUCUGCCCGGACCGCCGGCCGGGGCAGCCAGACGGUCUUCUCUUACUCCACCCUGGACAGACCCAGCGAGCUGGAGGUCACGGUGGGCUCCCAGGUGACCCUGUGGGUCGGGGGAGUCCCAGCAGUCUUCUCUGCUCACCCUCAGGCAGAGGCAUGGACCCACUUCUGUACGACCUGGGCUUCCCAUUCGGGCCGGGCGCACCUGUGGGUCAACGGGCUAGUGAAGGGUGAGCAGAGCCUCCGGAAAGGGCACGUGAUCGAGGAAGGGGGGACGCUGAUCCUUGGCAAGGACCGGGACGGCCUCACGGAGGUCUUCUCCGAUGCCUUUGAAGGUGGGAUGAGCCGCGUGAACUGCUGGAGCCAUGUCCUGGACCCCAAGGACAUUGCGACUCUGGCCCGCUGUGGCCCCGCUGCAGCCAAGGCAGAUGUGGUAGCCUGGGGGGAGGCCAGAAUGAGCUUGUCCGGAGGGGUCAGACUGGACUAUGAUUCCAGCUGCUGGGGACGCCACUGAGCUCAGGAGACUGGCCCGCACCCACCUAAUCAGGGGAACAAUCCAUUCUGCUUCCAGAACCGGAACCCUGACUCUCAGACCUCUGCGGUGCCUUCCCUCUGCCAAGAUGCUUUCUCUUUCCUUCCUCUGCCCUAGGAGAGGCCUGCAGUCCUUCCCUGAAACCACUCUGAGAGUCUCUUUGAGUGGAGAUGUGGCCACUAAAUGGGUCUGAACUGAUCUGACUGGAGAGUGUAGCCUUCUAGGAAAAGCAGGAAGCAGUUCUGAGCCGGCAAGGAGACAGAGUGGGUAGGGAAUAUGUCUGUCUAUUGUUAUAUUGUACUUUCCCAACUGCUUAGAUCAGUGCUUUGCACAAAGUGCUCAAUAAAUACAAUGGAAUGAAUGAACAGAUGCAAAAAUUUUGCUGUUUCAUGGAUUCCCAGAUCCCCUGGUGUAACUCUGAGUCAAAGAGGGGCUUUCAUGAGGUGAUUUCUAUUUCUUAAACUCCCCCUCUAGGUCAGAAGCACAUUCUGGGCUGGGAAUGAGUCUACCAACUCUGUUAUACUGU